GAGAUACAGUAGUCAGUGAGUUUGAGUUUAAUUUAAUAUCACGCCGUAGCCGUAGGUAGUUGGUUUCAACCGAUUCUCAAUCUAGCUAGGUUUGGUGUUUAUUUGAAAUUGUUGGACGUUUCUACUUUGAUUUGAUCCAGUAAAUCAACAUGAGCUUUAGCUUUGGUGGACCACCCAAAACUACUGCAUCUACUAUUCUUGGUAGCUCGGCUACUCCUGCAGCAGCAGCAGGAAGUGGGUUUUCACUGGGUGCCCCCACCGGCGGUACUUUGUUUGGUGCCACUCCUGCUGGCGGGGGCUUCUCUCUGGGCGGGGCCGGUGACAGCAAGACUCCAGCCCAAACUGCCACUGUGAAGCCAGUAGCUGCUACUGCGCCACUAUCAUCAUUCUCUCUGAGCACUCCUGCUACGACCACCAGUGCCCCAGCAUUCCCCAGUUUUGGUCUGACCUCCUCCCCCGCCUCCACAGCGGCCAGCUCCACUCCCGGCUUCAGCUUUGGCUCCUCCACCCCCGCCAUUGCCGCCACCACCACAUCUGCUCCCCUAAGUUUCAGUCUGACCCCGGGAUCCUCUGCCACCACCACCCCAAGUCUCAAGCUCGGAGCAACCACCGCCACCACUGUUGCCACUCUUACGACGACCACGACUACCUCCAGUGCAGCUAGCGCCACAUCUUCACUGGGACUUCCGUCCAAUAUCACCUUUGUACAGCUGCAGGAGACAAUAAAAAAGUGGACUGAUGAGUUUAACGAGCAGGAAAAGAUUUUCAUGAGUCAGGCCGCCCAGAUCAACAAGUGGGAUAAUCUGCUCAGGAGCAACAGCGAAAAGAUUUUGGAGUUGAACAACGAGGUGGCAGCCAUGAAGCUUCAACAGCAACAGCUCACCAACGAGCUGGAGUUUAUCCAGACACAACAGAGAGAGCUGGAAGAGGUGUUGGUGCCACUGGAGAGACAAACCGCAGACGUUCCCACCAACACGGAUCCAGAGAGAGAGCACACAUACCACAUGGCUGAAACUUUGGACACUCAACUGAAGCAGAUGAGCGAGGAUUUGAGGGAAAUUAUUGAAAACCUCAACGAGUCCAGUAGAACACAAGACAACUCCGAUCCGAUUGUGCAGAUUGGGCGUAUCCUGAAUGCGCACAUGAACUCUCUUCACUGGAUCGACCAAAUGACUCUAAAUAUCCAGAAUCAGCUGGAAAAUGUGACCAAGCUUCACGAUACUCAUCGUAGAGAGAAUGAGAGAUUAUUCCGUAUAUCUUACGACUAAAAAUGUAGUUUAUUUUAAUUAUUAUAAGUGGUUUUCCUUUUUUUGAACUAAUAAUUUGUAAAAUAAAUAAUUUUUGUCUUUGUUAAAUUUA